AAGACGACCUGUUUCCCGAAGAAAAACAAAGAGAAGAGGAUGGACUCUCGCACCGUGUCAGAACUGACAGGUGAGGAAACAAAAACUUCCGGGAGUCACUUGACUGCUAAAGUCCUUUCAAAAUAAACGCACGAUGUAAAUAGAAGUCAACGUACGAUGAGUUAUAUUACCCUUGACCGCUCGUGACAUACUAGUUUCUGCACGUCGACGAAGAAGAUAAUAUAAUUAACGCGAUUUAACGUUAGUUGGACAUGUUAAAAACUGUUUAGAAAAAUUAAUACACUUAUUUGACUGACAAAAAAAAACCCGUUAAGCGCCUUCAGUCGGUAAUGUCUGCGUACAGAGUUGACACAUUGAUGACCUGGGGAAGAGUAGUGGCUUUACAGGUGGUGUAAACGUCCAGGGGUCAUCGAAGGCCGACAUAGUUGGUGAGGGCAAAGCCAUAGAAGUCAAGAGUGUGACAUACAAACCCUUGCUGUGCUGUGGAAGGAGCUGCAAAGAUCAGUGACAUGACAUGUGAAGAGGUACCCGAGAUAUGCAUCUUAAAGACUCGCGAGUUGUUGUCAAAGGCUCAGUUGCUAAUGUGUGACCUAGAGGAAAUGCUGGACUGGUGUACGUCAACAGGCCCCUCCAACCAGAGACGGUGCAGAACGAUUCAGCAGGAGUGUCAGGCCGGCAGCAUAGAGGAGGACGGAGAGACCUUGGUCAUAGAGGGCUUCAGGUUUGAGAGUGCGGUCAGCAGGGAGGACCUGAGGAGGCUGAGAUCGCAGGCUGCUGGAGGACGAGGAGGAGGACGACAGACCGACACUUGAGUGAUGGAUACCUUAGUGGUUUCAUCACACAAAGUCAACCAGGUCAAACGACUGGCUGAGCAGUCCUAUGCUCCUCCCCCUCCGCCCAUGGCUCCGCCCAGCCCCGGCAUCACAGGAGGAGGUGGAUGUCAUGGAGGAGGUCAUGGAGGAGGGCUAGUGGAGCAACUUAGUAAGACCAACCUGUACAUCAGAGGCCUGCCGCCUGCCACCACCGACCAGGACCUCAUCAAACUCUGCCAGCCAUAUGGGAAGAUUGUGUCAACAAAGGCCAUCCUGGACAAGAACACCAAUCAAUGCAAAGGCUAUGGAUUUGUGGACUUUGACAGCCCUGCAGCAGCCCAGAAGGCUGUGGCCUCGCUCAAAGCCAGCGGAGUCCAGGCACAGAUGGCAAAGCAACAGGAGCAGGACCCCACCAACCUUUACAUCUCCAACCUGCCGCUGUCCAUGGAUGAGCAGGAGCUGGAGAACAUGUUGAAGCCCUUCGGUCAUGUCAUUUCCACACGGAUACUGAGGGACGCCAAUGGCCUGAGCAGAGGAGUCGGCUUUGCCAGGAUGGAGUCGACAGAGAAGUGCGAUGUGGUGAUUCAAAAUUUCAACGGGAAAUUCUUGAAAACCCCUCCAGGCAUGACAGCCCCUGUAGAGCCGUUGCUGUGCAAGUUUGCUGACGGAGGCCAGAAGAAGAGGCAGACCCAGGUCAAGUAUCCCCAGAAUGGUCGACCAUGGACACGGGAAGGAGAGAGUGGAAUGGCGUUGACGUAUGAUCCCACCGCGAUGCAGAACGGAUUCUACUCUUCGCCAUACAGCAUCUCCACCAAUCGGAUGAUUGCACAGACGUCAAUCACACCCUUCAUCGCUGCCUCUCCCGUCUCUACAUAUCAGGUCCAGAGUACAUCUUGGAUGCCACACCAACAGUAUGUUAUGCAACCAACAGGCGCUGUGAUCACCCCAGCAACGUCUAUAGAGCCCAGUUUGUCUCUUCACCCCUCCAGUGUAAUGGCUCCUCUCACCCAGCAGAUGAACCACAUGUCUCUGGGCACCACAGGCACCUACAUGCCUGCUGCAGCGGCUGCUCCUAUGCAAGGAACCUACAUUCCCCAGUACACUGCAGUGCCUGCCUCUGCCAUCACAGUGGAAGGCGUGGUGACGGACCCGUCUUCACAGACAGCCGCUCCCUCCUCCCAGGACGUCAAUGGGCAGCAGCCUUUAUCUGUGGAGAAUACAGGAGACCAUGUCACAGCCUACUCUUACCAGCAGUCUAAAUAACAAGAUUGUUACGAAUCGUUGCUGCAUUGCCUUCAGAAGGACUGCACUGGAGGCGCUGGAGACACGGAGAGCAUCAAAAUGAAACGGGGACAAAAAAAAAAAAAAAGGUGACGUGGGCAACACUGAGGGGAGAAUGCUUCCACUGUGCACAGGCACCAAAUAAAAGACAAAAUGAAAAAAAAAAUCAAUUAUAUUUCUUACCUGGUUGAACCAAGAAAAAGACAGAGGAAAAAAGAAAUGAUGGUUUGCUGAACUUGAGGACAAUGAAAUCAAACACAGUCUGCAACUUUGAGUUUAUCAUUUCUCACUGUGGGACUGGACUUUGUCUCCGAAGGAAAAAGAGAAGACAUAGACUGAAAUCUAAACUCAACCAACAAGCUGUACAGAAAAAAAGAACAUUUGAAUGUGCAGGUAGAUUUUCAGACUUUUUUAUUAAAAAAAAGGAAGGAAGCAAAGUCUAGAAAAAAAGGUUGUCUUCCUUUGAUAUUAAGCUACAUUAUUUUCAUUAUUUUUAUUAUUUGAGUAGUUUUCUAGAAUAUCAAUGUUUUCGUAAAUCUUUAUUGCCUUAAUUUUCUCAAACUUUGGGAAAAAAGUUUCCAUAGUGGUGAAUAAAAAAAAAAAAAGAGUGGUUGAAUGAUUUGAGACGUUCUUGGAGAGUUCCGAGACGAAAUCUACAAAGCUAUUUGUACAGGAUUAAAAAAAAAAAAAGGUUGUAAUUGUAUGAAAAUGAUUUUAAAUUAUGUGGUGCAGUGCAGCUGAUGUUGGUUAAUAGGAAAAAAAAUCUUCUUUAAUGAGAUUUAUGGGAAGGGUCAAUACACUGCUUCCUGGAAAAUGCAGUUAGGUUUAAUUCAUGGGAUAGAAGUUCUGUUUCUCCAUCACAUUUGUAUUUUUUGGGUUUUGAUUGCAGUCUUUUUACCUUCAAAAGGUGUUUGCUUUGCCUGCUUUGCUUGUCUCACUGCAAAAAAGUAAAAAGCAAAAAAAGGAACAUUUCUGACUUUGACAAAAAGCAGAAAAAAACGCUAGGAUUUUUAAAUGUGCAAAAAGCAAUAGUUUUAGUAAAACUGUUGACAGUUUCUUGAGUCUUUCUUAACCGUUGAACAAAAGCAGCCAACAUGUGGCGUAUUUUAUACCAAAGAUGAAGAAACUAGGUAGUGAAGAGAUCUUCCUUAUGUUGCUUUUUCUUUCUUUUUUCACCUCCUAAAACCUGAAUCUGAGAUUUGUCUUGCUUGUCAUGCUCUUGGCGUGUGAGAUGAUUUUAUCAGUGACUGAGAACAUGCAGUGUGUCUUUAACACAACUGCCUCAAACUGAAGAGUGUGCUCUGAGAUGUUUUGUUUGUCAUGUGAUCAAACAUGGUGAAGAUCUAAAGUGCCGCUGUAACAUCCACCGAGAGACCAGACACCCUGUGGUAUGGAGAAAGUGGAGGAGGUUGGUAUAUUAUUGGGAAGUUGGUAUAGCACCCUUUAGUGGUAAAGAGGCUGAAACCGCAUUGUAUCCUGUGGAAUAUUGGUGUGUACUUUUUAAACCUGUACACCCAACAACACCCUCUUCGGCCUGCAUUGACCAAUCUCAAAUCCUUAAUGCCAACACUGAAAUGCUGUAGCUCAUUAUGACCGCUAGCCAAAAUGUUCUAGAUUUAAUUAUUUUGAAACGCGUAGUCUCAGUCCAUAAGACAAACUGUUGUAUGCCGCUGUCUUGCCAAACACAAGCCAUUUCAAAUGUGAGCAGGGUGAAUAUCUCUGUUAGAGAAGAGGGCAUUUCUGUUGAACAAAAUCAUUUCAGCUUAUGUAUAUUCUAUGAGGAUGAGGAGAGAUUCUUUGUGUUUCUUUUUGUGUUACCUUUUUAUUUUUCUCUUUUUUUUUCGAGAAUUGACUAUGUGUGAGCUGCUAAACACUUUUCAUUUUUGGUCUUGUGUUGGGUGGGUGCUGAAGAGGUACAACUCCAGAAUGACAUUGACCUUUUGAAACCAAGAUAAAGUUAUUGGUUGUCCAUGAAUCAACUGCGUACAAAACAUCCUACAAGUCGUGUGCCUCUUUUCCAAGUGAAAGAAGAGGCACGUUCCUGGUUGCAGUCCUUUGAAAAACACAAAAACAAUAUGAGAAUACUUCUCUUUUUAAAUCUGGUAAUAAGAAUCUGCAUUAUGUGCUGAAUCAAUUGAGAACAAAAACUUCUCUUUGAACUUUAACUGGCUGACACAGGCUCUGAGGUCACACCCUUGAAGCCCCACCUACUUAACCCUCCACCAAUGAAAAGAAGCUAUUGGAGACGUAGAAACAGACGGACACAUAGAAAAAGCAUGGUUCAACCAAAAUCAAGCAGAUACAAACCUCUAUGGGAAAAUAAAUUAUUGAAAGAAGAGAGAAAGUAGAGAAAGCGAGAACAAAAGUAAUAUUUAUGAGAUCUUUUUUUUGUACAGGUGUGUAAAAGAAGAUGCAACAGAAAUAACUUUGAUGAUGCUAUUUUUUUAUUUGCUUGGUCACAUGCCUCCCAUGUCUUUCAAAUUGUGAUUCUGAGAGUGUCUGUAGAACCAGUGGAUAUUGCUGUAGUUUCAAAUGUCUCUUUUGUUUUUGUUUUCUUUUUAGACAAAUCUUUCAAUAAAAAAAUGUUUCAAAAAGUCAAA